AACACAAAGGAGUUUGACAUGCACGUCAUCAUUGAGACAAACCGAACCACGGCUAGAAUAUUCCCGGCAGUGUUGGAUGUUGAGAACCCUGAGUUCAAGAGGAAGCUAGAUAGAAUGGUUGUGAUCAAUGAGAAGCUGAUGGCUGUAGGACAAACAGACGAUCCUUCCUUUGUCAAGAACCUCAAGAGGAUUCCUCUCAUUGCUGGUUUAGUAUCUGAGAUCUUGGCUGCCUAUCUCAUGCCUCCUGUUGAGUCUGGAUCUGUUGACUUUGCUGAGUUUGAGCCUAAUCUUGUCUAUUAAGUUUUUGAGGCUGGUUCUUGAUUUCUUGGAAUUUUAU